GUGUUGUUCACUCUGCUGCUGCUGCGAGUGUGACUCCUUUGGUCCUGAGUUUUACUGUUGUGCGUUGGCUUUGGGGACUUGGUAUUUCUUGUGGUGAAUCUUGGUUCGUUCACGUUUUAAAGUUUGGCACGCUAGGUAUAUAAGAACUUCGCGGGCUGUCUGGGAGACGACGUUUUACACCACACACCACACGACAGCCCACUGCUACACCGACUCUCCGACCCUUCGCCCAACAACAAUUUACCAGAGAACUCUUUUUCUUGCACAAACAACUACGAAAAAGGCUUUCCCGUGCAGAAAUCAUGUCGUCAGCACGAGGCCGCGGCGGCAAGUUCAGCAAACCUAAACGUGGUGGUGGGAAACACUUCUCUCGAGACCUCCAACCGCUCAAUGCCGAUGGCGAAGUUAUGGGCAUGUGGGGUGACGAGCGCCCCAAGAAAAUAGAUGAGGAUGGCUCGGAAGAAGACGACGAAGACGAGUCCUCUGAGGAGGAGGGCUCAGACGACGACGCCCCAAAACAAGAACUCACGCGCGAAGAACGCCGUGCUGUAGCGAAAGCCCGUAAAGCCGCCGCCAUUGCGAAGCAGAACCAAAAGACCGCUGAGCCAGGGGACUUACCUCCUUCCUCCUCUGAAGACGAGGACGAUGACAUGCCCGCGAACCCGAACCACACUGCGAAGGCACGCUCGCAGGCUGCUGCCCCGACUCCCGUUGCUACUGCCGAAGGCAAGGGCAAGGAGAAGGUCAAGGAUAUCAACCAGUUGAGCAGGCGGGAGCGGGAGGCGCUUCAGGCGCAGCAAGCGAAGGAGAGGUAUGAGAAAUUGCAUGCGGAGGGCAAGACGGAGCAAGCGCGUGCGGAUUUGGAGAGGUUGGCGCUUGUGCGUGAGAGGAGGGAGGCCGAGGCCGCGAGGAAGAAGGCCGAGGCUGAGGAGAGGGCCGAGCAGGAGAAGGCGAAGGCGGAGCAACUUGAGCGGGAGCGCAAGAUGCGUGAAGCUGCUAUGGGAGGUGGGAAGAGGGGUGGUAAGGGCGGGAAGAAGAAGGCGUAAAGUUGAGUUGAUACUCGGGUUCAUGGGAGUUGCAUGUUGCAUAUAGGAUGCUUGCUCAUUGCAUAGCUUGCGGGCGGGACAUCGGGUAUCGUGGGCGGACGAUAUUGCCAUGAUUUUCACGACUGAGGGACGUAGUGCAGGACAUAUGAGCGAGGUGUCCAGAGCCGAGCUUCUAGUAGAUCAGAUUAUACAGGUCCCUACAGAUACG